GAGGGAGACCAGAUAUUAGUGGAAUGCAGGAUCUGGGGAGACAGAUUAUAAGUGAAUGCAUGAUCUGGGGAGGACCAGAUAUAGUGGAAAGCAGGGUCCGGGGGAGACUCGAUAUAGUGAAAUGCGGGGUAAGGGGAGAGCAGAUAUAGUGAAUGCAGGGUCCGCGGAGACCUGAUUUAGUGAAUGCAGGGUACGGGGAGGACCAGAUUAUAGUGAAUGCAGGGCACCGGGGAGACCAGGAUAUAGUGAAUGCAGGGUCAGGGGGUGCACCAGAUAUAGUGAAUGCAGGGUGCCGGGAGAGACCAGAUAUAGUGAAUGCAGUGGGUCCGGGCGGGAGACCAGAUAUAGUGAAUGCAGGGCCCGGGGAGAACCAGAUAUAGUGAAUGCAGGGUCCGGGGAAGACUCAGAUAUAGUUGAAUGCAGGGCGCCGUGGGAGACCUGAUAUAGUGGAAUGCAGGUUCCGGGGAGUCCAGAUAUAGAGAUU